UUCUUGUGCGUCCCGGGGCAAGUAAACAUUUCCGUUUUAUCGAGAUGGACUCCAACAAGGACGAAGCAGAGCGAUGCAUUAAAAUAGCCCUGAAUGCGGUCAGCAACAACCAGCUGGACAAAGCCAGGAAGUUUCUGGAGAAGGCUCAGCGCUUGUUUCCGACAGACCAGGCCAAAAACCUUUUGGAAUCAUUAUCUCAAAAUGGAAAGCCUCCGGAUGAAAAUGGCAGUGCUGUGAACGGAGAUGGAGCCGGUGUGAGGCACCGCAGGGACAAAGAUCAUCAUGGGGCUCAUCCGGGCUCACACGAGCACACAGACUCGGCAAAGCCUUACUCAGCAGAGCAGCUGGAGGCUGUCAGAAAGAUUAAGAGCUGUAAAGAUUACUACCAAAUUCUCGGAGUGGAAAAGACUGCCUCUGAGGACGAUCUUAAAAAGGCAUACAGAAAGCUGGCUCUGAAGUUUCACCCAGAUAAAAAUCACGCACCUGGAGCUACAGAGGCGUUUAAAGCUAUCGGUAAUGCAUAUGCUGUUCUGAGUAAUGCUGAAAAACGAAGGCAGUACGACCAGUAUGGAGAGGAGAGAACACACCCGAGCAGACACAGACAUCAUCAUGACUUUGAAGCAGACAUCUCGCCUGAGGAUCUCUUCAACAUGUUCUUUGGUGGAGGCUUCCCAUCAAGUAAUGUACAUGUUUACAGAAAUGGAAGAAUGCACUUUCCCCACCAGAAUAGACAUGAAAGACGGGAACAGCAGAGAGAUGGAGGUUUUGCUCUGCUUGUCCAGCUGUUGCCCAUCCUAAUCCUCAUCAUUGUUUCUGCUCUCAGCCAGCUGAUGGUGACACAGCCUCCAUACAGCCUUAGCUAUCGUCAGUCAGCUGGACAUAUUCACAAAAGGCAUACAUCACACCUAAAGGUGCCUUUUUAUGUGGGGGAGCGUUUCAAUGAAGAAUUUACAGGCAAUAACCUGAAGAAUGUGGAGAGAAGUGUAGAAGAAGACUACAUCUCUAAUCUAAGAAACAACUGCUGGAAAGAGAAGCAGCAGAAGGAAGGCUUGCUGUAUCGUGCUCGUUACUUUGGAGACUCAGAAUUAUACCAAAGAGCACAAAGAAUGGGGACUCCUAGCUGUUCCAAACUAUCUGAGAUUCAGAUUAUAUUGGAUGGGUAGAAAAUACUUGCACUAACACAGGCUUGAAUCGAACGAAGAAAUCAGUCGGAUCCCACUCAAAUUGGAGCAUUUCUCUGCAGCAAACCACGAAAAUGAAAACAUGCCUUAUGUUUGUGAGCAGCAGGCCUCGUCGGAGGCACCUUCCUGCAGCUCGAUUUAAACUGACGUCCUGUCGAACUGUGAGAAGCUUUGACUUGACUGCUGAUAUUUUCCUACUCUCCUCUCCCGGCAGCAACGAGUCCGGUCUUAAUGGAACAUCGAUAUCUAUUUGAAAAAAACUAAAAGCUGCUGAGAUUAGCUUUGAACAUUUUUUUCCCUAGAUAAUUAAAAAAAAACCUCAAGGCCUUCUCACAGACCAAGACUGUCUGAGCCACUCAUGAGGAAGAUGUAAUUUUUUUUAUAGUUCUUACCUAUGUAAAUAUUCAUCUUUUAACAGUGCAGGAGUCAUUUGCAAUGUUUUGUGGAUUUGCUUGUAGCCUGUUGGAAUAAUGAAAAAAAAUUGUUGCACAGCUCAAAGACAUAUUUAUUAAAUUAACAAGCUAAAAUUGUA